AUGUCAAUUGCAAUGUCCUCAGCUACAAAACUUUGUUCACUAUUUCCUACUUACCGUCAACGCUCUCCAUCGAGGGCGCAUGUGUGUAACAACACUUUGCAAUCUGAUAAGUUUCCAAGAAUUGCCGCAACCUCCACCGGAUCUAUUCAACCCGCUCAUCUCGUUCAAAUCGCUACACUUGCUGCCAACACCGGUGCUCAGGUUGUGAUGGAUGCUGUUAAUAAGCCGCGGAAUAUUACAUAUAAAGGAUUAACCGACUUGGUCACUGAAACGGAUAAAAUGAGUGAAGCUGCCAUAUUACAAGUGGUGAAAAAGAAUUUUGAAGAUCACCUUAUUCUUGGAGAAGAAGGAGGCAUUAUAGGACAAGUAGCUUCUGAUUAUCUCUGGUGCAUUGAUCCCUUAGAUGGGACAACAAACUUUGCACAUGGCUAUCCCAGCUUUGCUGUCUCUGUUGGGGUUCUAUAUCGAGGAAAACCUACUGCUGCUACAGUGGUUGAGUUUGUUGGCGGUCCUAUGUGUUGGAAUACUCGCAUUUUCACUGCAACUGCUGGAGGUGGAGCAUUCUGCAAUGGCCAAAGGAUCCAAGUUAGUUCAACUAAUCAGGUGGAACAAUCUCUUCUAGUGACGGGUUUUGGGUAUGAUCAUGAUGAAGCCUGGGCUACUAACAUAGACUUAUUCAAAGAAUUUACAGACGUCAGCAGGGGAGUAAGGCGGCUUGGUGCAGCUGCAGUGGAUAUGUGUCAUGUGGCUUUAGGAAUUGUAGAAGCUUAUUGGGAAUAUCGUCUCAAGCCAUGGGAUAUGGCUGCUGGUGUUUUGGACUCUAUUCACUUCUUGCUCUUCCUGGAGUACACUUUCACGUUGUUUCAUGGUGCAGUUUCUGUUGUAGGGGUUGCAGUUUCUACUACAAUUUCCUCUGUAUUUUUUGACGUAGUUUCAUCUGGUCCACAUGUAGGUUCUGCAAUUUCUGUUGCAUUUUCAUUUGGUUCAGGUGUAGGUUUUGAUGCCUCUGCAGUGAGUUUGGGUUCAGUUAGUUCAAGUUCCAAAAGUUGGGAUUCCGCCACUUCAAUUGGAAAGGUGUUCUCCCCCUGA